AUGAUAGACUGCAAGCUUGCACCAACACCCAUGGAGUGCCAAAGACACUUCAUUGACACUUCUAGUCCAUUUCUGGCUGAUCCCACACAAUAUCGUAGGCAUAUUGGCCGACUAAUGUACCUCACUGUCACUGGACCAGACUUAUGCUUCACUGUCAACUGCUUAAGUCAGUUCAUGCAUGACCCCAAGCAAGAACAUCUCGAUGCUGCUUUGCGUGUUGUCUGCUAUCUCAAAGGCACUUCCUCUUCUAGCAUCUUCAUGGCAGCCCAGAAUGACUUCAUCCUUCGAGGAUUUUGUGACUCAGAUUUGGCCAACUGCCCACUAACACAACGUUCCACUACAGGCUACAUUACCAUGCUUGGCAACUCUCCCAUAUCAUGGAAAACAAAGAAGCAACAUACUGUUUCAUGCUCCUUUACUGAAGCUGAGUAUCGUGCAAUGGCAGGCACAACUUCUGAACUCUUAUGGCUCAAAAGACUCCUUGCUGAACUCACCAUCUCUGUAAUGCCAUACCUCUAUAUUGUGACAGUAAGGCUACCUUACACAUCGCAGCAAAUCUAG